UCAGAGCGUUCGCCUCACAGGCCUAUUCUCAAAGCCGGUCUGCCUGCUAAUCGUGCAGCAGUGGUGGGCAGCGAUGUGGAGUUUGAGUGCAAAGUCUACAGUGACUCGCCAGCACAGAUCCAGUGGCUCAAACACAUGGAGGUCAAUGGCAGUAAAGUGGGAGAAGACGGUGUGCCCUACGUCAAAGUCUUAAAGAUAAACGUCAACACUUUGCAGUUAAAGAAUGUGUCUUUAGAGGAUGCUGGGGAGUACACAUGCUUGGCUGGCAACUCUAUUGGGAUUUCCUAUCACUCUGCAUGGUUGACAGUCUUUGAAGAUAAGUCUUCGUCAGAACAGAGAAAGCAGUGCCAAAACCAGACAUUACAGCCAAAUAAUAGCCAAGAGCUGAACAGACAGAAGUUUCUCUCUGAACACAAAGAGCUACUGCAGCGUUCGCCUCACAGGCCUAUUCUCCAAGCCGGUCUGCCUGCUAAUCGCACAGCAGUGGUGGGCAGCGAUGUGGAGUUUGAGUGCAAAGUCUACAGUGACCCGCCAGCAACUAUGCAGUGGAUCAAACACAUUGAGGUCAAUGGCAGGAAAGUGGGAGAAGACGGUUUGCCCUACGUCAAAGUCUUAAAGAUAAACGUCAACACUCUGCAGUUAAAGAAUGUGUCUUUAGAGGAUGCUGGGGAGUACACAUGCUUGGCUGGCAACUCUAUUGGGUUUUCCCAUCACUCUGCAUGGUUGACAGUCUUUGAAGAUGAACCCAGAGAGCAGUGUUGAUCCAGCAACAUUUAACUCUGAGAGAACUAUGAGAGAAGAAGCUAAAUAUAAAGUUUUUUUUUA